GCUGUGAGCUGUCCCGCCGGUCUAAUAAAGUAAUAAAUUUCCAUCAAAAUGCCAUUGAGACAAGCUUUGAUUAUGGAGGACGAAGCAUCAAAUGAUGUGGAGGCAGUGGAAUACAUCGACAGUAACGACGAAGAUGAUCAAGCUGGUGAAACUCGACCAAUCAUGUUGCUGCUGCGCCGUCUUAUCCGCAAUAAACAAAACACGGUUAUGACCAAUGCACAAAUAAUAGAUAUACUACACAGCGAGUUUGACAUCUGCAUUAAGUCCAGCCACGAACUAGAAAUCAACAUCUACAUCAAGAUAAUCAAAAGAUAUCUUAAAGAUUGGCCGCAGUGGGAGGAACUGGAACGAAUAUCCACAAAACUGAGCAACUGCAAAGACUAUGAAGCCAUCUCGAAAGUUUUAAACCAUAAGUAUAAAAAUCUGAAGGAGUAUUUAGGCGUCAUGCUCGAAAUCGCUAAGCCAUUGGCAAAGAAAGCGGUCAUGGACAUCAACCCAAGCAUGACGGAGCCUAAAGAAACUAUUGUACCUAACGAGAAUGAUGGCAAUCAACAAAUCGUCAUGGAGUUACAGUGCUCAAGGGAACAAUUAAACUAUUUAAUAACAAGAUAUCCGGAUUGUGUCGAAAAAAAAUGUAUUUUCAACUUAGUACCUAAGCCCACACGAAUCAGAUUGGGAGCGUUAACGUUUGCGGAUAUUGUAAAAGGAUGGCCCCUUAAAAUUGCUAUAAAUCUACCACACCUCGUGCUCCAUAGAGAAUUUAUAUUCAAAUUGGAACACACUCUAGUAAACAAAGCACGACAGGGAGACAGGAAAUUCAAAGUACAUAUUCUAACGAACACUGUACAAGCAAGGACAACAAAAAAGACUGUACAUGUACCGAAAAACGUUGUCGUUCAAACUCUAGAUGAUAUUUUGACAGCGUGCGUUGCUAACAAAGAAAUGUUUGUGAUCUUGCACUCAAUUUUUGAUGUAAUGAAGCCGGAGAUCGACAAAACAGUGGUUGCAUUUAAAGUACCGUCUAGUUACAGGACUUUUGGGAAUAGAUUUAAGUACGUUAGGUAUUUGUACUCAGAUGAGGGGCAGCGUACUGGGACGUAUGACCUACAGUUGCAGGAGCUGAUGACUCCGAUUUAUAUGUAUAGUGUCCAUAUCGCUCGGGGAGAUUAUGGAGAGAUCACGCUGCCUUCUUUAGCAGAAUGGUUUAAGCUGGAGUGCGGGAUAUGUAAUUUUAAGCCUGUUGGGGAUACGCUGGUAGAAAUAAAAGAUAAAUUGGUCGCCCAUGUUAAAGACCAUAUUGGUGAUGAACCAGAUUGGCAAUGCACGAAUUGUUUGCAAACAUUUAGUUUGAAAUUUUUGACAAUGAAUCAGUGGUUUCAUAAGUGUCGAUUGUAAAGUAGAGGUAUAUAUGCGAUGAUUAAAUUUUAUUUUUUC